CAUUUUAUUAUUUUAACACCAAAGGUGCAGGUGCACCGAAAUUAUUAAAACAGAAAUAGAACAAAAACACAUCUUGUUCACACUUUAGCAGCGACGAUACCAUGGGACAGUGUGGCAUCACGUCAUCCAAAACCGUCUUGGUUUUCCUUAACCUCAUAUUCUGGGCUGCAGCUGGGAUCUUGUGCUACAUUGGAGCUUACGUGUUUAUCACGUACGACGACUACGACCACUUCUUUGAGGAUGUGUACACCUUGAUUCCUGCUGUUGUUAUCAUAGCUGUCGGGACUCUUCUUUUCAUCAUCGGCUUGAUUGGUUGCUGUGCAACAGUGCGGGAGAGUUCAUGCGGCCUGGCAACAUUUGCUGCAAUCCUCCUGUUGGUAUUUGUGACGGAGUGCGUGGUGGUGGUGCUUGGCUACAUUUACAGGGCAAAGGUAGAAAAGGAGGUGAAUCACUCCAUCCAGAAAGUUUACAAUGAGUACAGUGGCACCAACACUGAUGCUCCCAGCCGCGCCAUUGACUACGUGCAGAGACAGCUUCACUGUUGUGGGAUUCACAACUACUCCGACUGGAGGAACACCCGCUGGUUUAAAGAGUCCAAGAACAACAGUGUCCCAGUCAGCUGCUGUCAGCCCAACAUCAGCAACUGCACAGGCACUCUGACCCGACCAGCAGAUCUGUACCAAGAGGGUUGUGAAGCUCUUGUUGUGAAGAAAUUAAAGGAGAUUAUGAUGUAUGUCAUCUGGGCUGCUUUAACUUUCGCAUCUAUACAGAUGCUGGGCAUGCUCUGUGCCUGCGUGGUGCUUUGCAGGAGGAGCCACGAUCCAGCCUACGAACUGCUGGUCACAACCAACAGCUACGCAUGAAGGAUGCAGCCGACCGACACAGCACAGCACGCCGAAAAUCAACAGGAGCAUCAUCGGACAUGUUCACAGUAGAUUUCAGCUGUAGUUAUAGGUUAUAAGCUCAAACACACACUGCACAACUCAAGAUGAAGUAGCAAACACUGACAAUGUGGUUUGGGUGGGACGGGGCUUAAAGGGGAAGACCAGUUAUUUAUUGACAUCCUUUCUAAGUUAAUGUUCUUUUCUUACAAAAAACGGAUCAUAUAAAAGCCAAAGUUGUAUACGGCUACUUGGGAUUACCCUCCUUUCUUCUUUUUUUCCCCCUUUUUAAUUGUGGAUUUGUAAAAUUUCCGUUCAUUCCAAGAGAGGAUUAUGGAAAGUAAUGUGGAGCUUCAGUGUGAAUAUGUCAAUGGGAAUGUUGUAUAGAAUGUAUUAUCGUGUGUGCACAUUUGCACUAUGAUUGCAGCUCUGGGUAAAAUGAAUGGCUGUUUAGAUGCAUAAGCUAUGCUGAAGAGGAAACUUGUACACUUUAAUUCUGGUUUGAACAGACCUUUUUGAAAAUGUACAAUUAUUUUCAUUGUAGAACAGCUCCAGGCUUUUUACCUCGGAUGCUACAACCUUUCAGUCAGUGUUUCAAAGGUAGACUUCAUGCACUAAGACAGUGUUUUUUUCUCCUUGUUUUAUAUGUUUUUGUGUAGCUCGAUAUAUUUAGUUUUUUUUUUUUUUCCUUGAACUAUGUUUGCUUGAGAGAGAUCCUCACAUUCGCAAUCAGGUUGUGAUUAACGUCUGUUUUGAUGUGGAGCUUCUCCGACUCAGGCUUCACUACUGAGGCAUCAUCACUACACACUGAAUUGUGAAUCAACCUUUUAUCCUCCAGUGCUGUUCGUAGGAUUUAUUAUCAAUGCUAGCUGAGGACUUGUUUGUGUAGAUUCUGUUUCUCAAAGUCACAAGUUUUCUGUUUAGUUUGUUAGUUGGAAACCCAAUGCAACAUAUUAUGUCACAUUAUUUUAUACAUCUUUGUGAAAUUGUGGCCAUUUUAAUAUUUUUGAAAUGCUAAGUUGACACCGUAGUUGUUUAGCUAGUGAUAGAGAAAAAAAAGUAUGAUUAAAUAAAAUUGUGUUUGACUGGAGACAGACAAAAGACAAAUAAACUCAAUCAUUUCAGCUGGA